AGUGGGAGGAGGGUUGUGUUCAAGUCAGAGAAGGUAUUAGCGAGAAUCCUGUCAACAAACUCACGUAGAGUGUAAUUUAUCACGUUUAUUAAAUGGACAUUUCUUGACAGAAGCCUUUUUAGUUCAAGGAAAGCGGUGAGAUUUCUCCAGCAGUCGUGGAUUACAAUCAAAGCGUUGCAAAUGUUACCGUUACACGCAGUGGACGUUUUGUUUAGCUAGCAAGCUUAUUCUCAAGGAAAACUGUGUAAAUGUCAUCUGAGCUUUGACCCCUGGAUCUUCCAGCCCAAACUCUAAUUUAUGUUUUGUGGUGAGGCCAUGACUACUGUCAACAUCACCAGAGACAUCCUGCACAGGCAGAUCAGAGACAAGAGAGCAGCAGGCUUUCAAAGGUUUUAUCAUGUGACUGACCCUUUCAUCAAGAGACUUGGACUGGAGGCUGAGCUUCAGGGCCAUACUGGCUGUGUGAAUUGUUUGGAGUGGAAUGAACGAGGAGAUUUACUGGCCUCGGGCUCAGAUGAUCAGCAUGCUAUCAUCUGGGAUCCAUUCAGACACAAGAAGCUUACAACUAUGCACACUGGCCAUGCAGCAAAUAUAUUUUCCGUGAAGUUCCUCCCUCACUCCGGGGACAGAAUUCUGGUAACGGGCGCAGCUGACACGAAGGUCCACGUGCACGACCUGACGGUGAAGGAAACCAUCCAUAUGUUUUCUGAUCAUACCAACAGAGUCAAACGCAUCGCCACGGCACCCAUGUGGCCCAACACCUUCUGGAGCGCUGCGGAGGACGGCAUCAUCAGACAAUAUGACUUGAGGGAGAGCAGUAAGCGCUCGGAGGUGCUGAUUGACCUGACAGAGUUCUGCGGUCAGCUGGUUGAGGCCAAGUGUUUAGCUGUCAACCCACGGGACAACAACUACCUGGCAGUGGGAGCCAACGGGCCGUUUGUUCGCCUUUAUGACAUCAGGAUGAUUAACAACUACAGGAAAUCUAUGAGUCAGAGCACGUCAGCGUCUGUGCACUCAUUCUGUGAAAGGCAGAAGCCCAUCCCAGACGGAGCUGGGCAGUAUUAUGUUGCAGGGCACCUGCCAGUGAAACUACCAGACUACAAUAAUCGCCUGAGGGUCCUGGUGGCCACCUACGUCACCUUCAGUCCUGAUGGCACUGAGCUACUAGUUAACAUGGGUGGGGAACAGGUGUAUCUGUUUGACUUGACAUUUAAACAGAGGCCAUACACUUUCUUGCUUCCCAAAAAGUGCCAAUCAUCAACAGGAGAUGUCCAGAAUGGAAAGACGACCAAUGGCGUCUCCAAUGGACUUCAUUUGCCAGCCAGCCAUAUUCGUUUUGCCGGAAACAAGAUGCACUCUAGUUCUACUGAGAUCCCUGCUCACCUGGAGAAGAUAAAGCAACAAGCUAAUGAUGCAUUUGCGAGGCAGCAGUGGACGCAGGCCAUCCAGCUGUACAGUUUAGGCAUCCAUCAGGCCAGCUGCAACGCCAUGUUGUAUGGGAACCGGGCAGCAGCAUACAUGAAGCGCAAGUGGGACGGAGACCAUUACGAUGCCCUCAGGGACUGUUUGAAGGCUCUGUCUCUAAACCCUGGUCAUCUGAAGGCUCAUUUCAGGCUGGCACGGUGUCUGUUUGAGCUGAAGUAUGUGUCUGAAGCUUUGGAGUGUCUGGAUGAUUUCAAAGGAAAGUUUCCAGAGCAGGCACACAGCAGUGCCUGUGACUCCCUGGAUAAAGAUAUCAAGGCUGCUCUCUUCACCAAGACAGAAUCAGCAGAAGAUAAGAAGUCCAACAGCUCCAUUCGAUUCCACUCGUUCAGUCGGAAGGAGUCCAUCCCUGAAGACGAGUUGGUGUUGAGAGAGCGAAGCUUUGACUACAAGCACAGAUAUUGUGGUCACUGUAACACCACCACAGAUAUCAAAGAGGCCAACUUCUUUGGAAGCAAAGGCCAGUACAUUGUCAGCGGCUCAGACGACGGCUCCUUCUUUAUCUGGGAAAAGGAGACAACUAAUCUGGUGAGGAUCCUGCAGGGGGAUGAGUCCAUAGUCAACUGCCUGCAGCCCCACCCCAGCUACUGCUUCCUGGCUACUAGUGGUAUUGACCCCGUGGUUCGAUUAUGGAACCCUAGACCAGAGACAGAGACUGAGAACGGGCGAGUGGUGGAGGACAUGGAAAGUGCUGCUCAGGCGAACCAGCGGCGUAUGAAUGCCGAUCCGUUGGAGGUUAUGCUGCUCAACAUGGGCUACCGCAUCACAGGCCUGCGUGGUGUCGGCCCAGAUGGCUCAGAUGACGAAGACAGCUCAGAGGGACAAGUGCAGUGUCGGCCAAGCUAAACAAACUGCUCACUCUAGAGAAUGGAUGUAGGAAGCAAAGCACUCUCCCAGCUCCUGUUUGAAUCUUAAUUUCCCCCCCUCAGUCUGACAGAAACAUUGAGUGAAUGUCAUGUCACAUCUCUGCACUAUGCAUCGCCCUCCCCUGUCCAAAGAGAGGACUGGCGGAGACCACUUUGGGGAGAGGAAUUCAUGGAGGGUGGAGAAGACGCCCAUCUCGCCCCCUUUCAAAGCACCAACAACACCUCAGCCUUUCCCUCCACCCAGCAGUGGCAGGGGGACACCUUUUGAGCAGAGCACCUUCCACGUCACUCCCCCAGUUUCUCACGAAGAAGGAGGAGUUCAGCACUUAUCCCUCCUCAGGUUUAUGUUGGAGAGACACACAACACGUAGAAGGAGAAGCCUGCGCACGGGCGACCUAUUUUCAGGUCAGUGUGGCCACACAGUGUCCUCCAUGGAGGAUCGGAUCACAGACCAGAAUACGGUGCUUUGUUGCAUCUCCUGUCCGCUCUGCAGUUGGAGCUAAGAGUCUUAGCGCCCGCUCAUCUCAGAAAGGCUACACACCCAAGUCAUUAAUUGUGAGUUAGACUUGGUCAUAUUUUCAGUUGGAGUUUUGAUCACAGGAAGCCUAGAAUUAAUCGUCACUCUCCAAUAUGUGAAAGUCGUAUUGUUGCUCCGAUGAAAUGUAUCCAUAAGCUUUGUUUAGUUUAUAACUGUCAGAAAAAAAACAAGUGGUUUCUUCUGCCAGAGGUUGUCAUCUAACAUUUCAGUGGCCAAGGAUUAAUGUCUAUUUUCUUUGUUUCAUUGAAACAUGAAUUUUGGCAUACUGUGCUCCUUUUAGUUGAGAGGUUUUACUACAAAUAGAUUGUUGACAAGCUCAACAAGAUAUCAGCUGAGAAACAUUUGUAAAAAAACAACAACUUUCUAAUACAGUUUUUUGUUAUAAAUUAAGUCCCAUUGAUUGCAAUUUUUGGCAUGAAAUGUCAGUGUGAAACUUCUGUUGAGUGUAAGUGGGACGCAGAUGCUAAUUUUUGGUAUAUGGCAAGUGGGCACUAAAUAUUUGGCGAUAGGGUUCCUGCCUACUAAGCUGCGUGGCUCUAGCACUAGCCCUCUGCUGCAGUCAGGUGUUCAGUCCUGCUUGCAUGAGGCUUCUCUGACCAUAUUUGUGGGCAAAAAAGCCAUCCCAUCUCUCUUGCUCAGAGAACAGCUCAUUGGGUCUUCUUUGCCCCUGAAUAGGGUAAGUAUUAAGUUGUGGGUCCUCAACAACAUGCAACACUAGGCUUCCAUGUGUUUUACUUUGUUCAUUAAUUUGAGAUACUCCAUUUUUCUUUGAGGAAUCCUGUAAUAACCUUUGUUGCAAACAAAGAAACAAAUAAAAUUAUUGAACACCUUG